AUGAAGCUGCAAGAAACAGCACCGGCAGAGCUCAGUUGCUACAAGCAAGGGGAACGAAGGAAACAAUCGGACAGAGAAACAAAGCAGGAGACGACGUGCCUAACAGAACUGCCAGACGUGGCACCGUGCAACGGCACAGUGCGACUACCACCGCCAUGCGAGGACUCGCCAAGCAGCGGAAGUAGCAAAGAUCGCAGAGAAGAGAGUCCUCGUAGAAGAUGUCGUGUUUUGGCGCCCAUUUUACUCCUAGUCGCGGCUCUGCUUCUCGGAGGACUUUGUCUACCGUUGCUUCUACAAUCCGCGCCUGUCACGCAUCAGCAGAGGCUGGACGUGAUCAGGAGGAUCCUCACUGAAGUGCCUCUGAUCGACGGGCACAACGAUUUGCCCUGGAACGUCAGAAAGUUCGUACACAAUCAACUCGGCGAGGUGAAUCUGAGCAGCGAUCUCGGCAGAGUUGAUCCCUGGGCUAGAUCGGACUGGAGUCACACAGACAUUCCUAGAUUACGUGCUGGUCUCGUCGGUGCACAGUUCUGGUCUGCCUACGUUCCAUGCGGUGCAGCACAGUUGAAUGCUGUUCAACUUUCCUUGGAGCAGAUCGACGUGAUCCGCCGACUCGCCGAGAUGAAUGCUCAACAUUUAACUUUGGUUACCUCCGUCAAAGGUCUUAUCGAGGCGCAUCGAGAAGGCAAAAUCGCAAGUCUUAUCGGGGUGGAAGGUGGUCACUCCCUAGGGAAUUCCUUAGGUGUUCUCAGGACAUUUUACGGCCUGGGCGCGAGAUACCUUACCUUGACACAUGCCUGCGAUACUUCCUGGGCAGUCUGUUCAGUUGGCGAGACGAACAGUACCCAGGAUUCGACGCCAGGUCUCAGUGAAUUCGGAAAGGCAGUCGUGAGGGAACUAAACAGACUGGGGAUGCUAGUGGAUCUUUCUCAUGUCUCGACGAGAACAAUGAGGGCGGCCCUACAGACGACGAGGGCACCGGUGAUUUUCUCUCACAGUGCUGCCAGGGCACUCUGCAAUUCCACUAGAAACGUGCCAGACGACGUGCUUAGAAAUCUGGCUAAAAACGGCGGAGUGGCAAUGGUUCCAUUUUAUACAUACUUCAUAACGUGCAACAGUACGGCCACCAUAAAAGACGUUAUUGCACACAUCAAUCACAUUCGGAAGGUGGCCGGGAUCGAUCACGUUGGUAUAGGAGCUGGAUUCGACGGGAUAAAUUUUACUCCUACCGGGUUGGAGGACGUUUCGAGGUAUCCGCAACUGUUGGCCACCCUACUCGAGGAUCCAACAUGGACGGAGGAGGAUAUUAAAAAAUUAGCUGGCCUCAAUUUGCUGAGGGUAUUUGCUAAGGUCGAGCAGGUACGAGACGAAUGGCACAGGGCAGCAGUGUUACCGGUAGAGAAGAUCAGUCCUCCGGACAACUCCGCCUGCGUCUACGGAGCGUCUUGAUCUUCUGCGAGGACAUUCGUAUCAGGAUUCCUUGACUUUGCACGAUCGCCGAAGAUUCGACACGUAUCACGGAACUAUAGAACCAUGUAAACGUGCGGCCCCUGGAUCAAUCUGAUCGCUUUCCCCUGGCGGCGUCUCUCCUUCGGGCAUCCCCGGGGAAACCUCGAUCGCGCCUUAUGAGAGAUGAAUAAUCGAGCGAGAAUGUGUACGAAUCAUCUGUGAGAACCGAUCACCCCGAGCUGAACGAUCAUCUUCGGGACAAGUUCAAUUCUACUCGUUCUUUAUCCUUCGCGAACAUACUUUGCGAUUUCUAUUUUGCUGCAACUAAAUGAUCGAAUAUUGUCUGCGUAAGAGUGAUCAUUAAUUUGCUGCUAAUUAAGCUGGUCCGUCCAUGUUUUCAUCUUGGCAAUACAACUGGUUCGGUUGCUUCUCAUUUUUAUUUCGAGGCUUCACGAUGCAUGUCUUCGGGGACGUUAAAGAGUUCACUUUGGUUAAUUAACCCUUCGUUGCGGUCUGUCACGUACGCGAGACAUUCUUUUAUUCUGUUAAAUAUUCAACUGCACAAUUCGCGGUUAUUGUAAUUGUUGACGAGCUUUUCUCAGUUCUUGAUGCUGCAAAUUUACGGUAUUGUAAACACAGAAAUUGUAUCCAAGAUA